UUUGGUGAUUUGAGUGGACAAGAGAUCAAAACAAUGGUUUCCACCACAGAACUACAAAAGACAAAGGGAACUCUCCUUCACAAGUUAACAGCAAGAGUGAUCAUUAGAGAUUAUGAAGAUGGCAUUCUAGCUAACAGUGAGGCAGAACACGAGGGGAAGAAAACAGAGCUUAAGUCCUACAUCAUUGAGCUCAGUAAAGAGUUCUCCAUCUUGUCCCAGUUCACAAGUUUUGUCGCCAUUGAAGAGAGGGACCAGAAUGAGCUUGACACUGGAUUCACAGAUAUUCCUAAAAUCAUAUCAGAGGAGGAUGUGGAUAUUUUGCCAUAUAUUGGCUGGACUGAAGAGAAGCUGAAGACUGCGCAUAUUAUUGGUGCUGAAGAUGAUGAUAUGGAAUUGUGCAGUAGCAGCUCCACAUCUCAUGAUUGGAAUUUUUAUUGCCAUGAAGGACGCAUUCGGAAAGAAAGAUCAAGUGAAAUUGAUUAUUGCAAAGUGAAGGAUGCCAAGGCAUCUAGAAUUUCUUUUUUAGAAGAGUCUGCAGCUCCCCCUGACCCUCAGCUGACAUCGAGAUCUUAUUUUGCUCGCUCCAGGAGUCCUUCUCCUUCUGAGGUUUGCAUUGGCGCGUUCGUAGACUCGUACAGAACUGAUUUGCCUUACAGAUAUACAGAUACAGAUUUAGAAGAAUUAUUUUGUGGGUCUGGUAUAACUACUCUAAAUCCUCCCCCUCCCCGUGCUGGCGCUCUUGACCUCUCAGUAGAGGCUCUCAGUCCUCAAAGCCUCUUUGGUUCCCUUCCCAUUGAGUCAGUGGAACCUCGAUGCAUGGCUAAAAGGCGUGCUCUUCGUACUACAACUGUUAGUGCCAGGAAGUUCAUACCUUCCUCCAUGAGUGACAGGCCUCCCCUUCACGGUGCCGCAGUGCCUCCUUCCUUUCAUCAUCCUGCUUCUUUUGCAUCACUAUACUCGCUCUCCAAAGAUGACAGCCUUCUUCCUGUUGGUGCCAGUGUACAAAGUACUUGCUCUAUGGGUGAAAGACCUCAAAUUUUUCAUGCCAGUGAGAUCAGCAGUGCACGUGUCAUACAGUUUGCAGGUCCUCCUGAUUCUACUCAUCCUGCAUCUACAAGGUCCACAUUCACGACUCCCCUGCCACCUCCUCCUCCUCCUCCUUCCAGCAUGAUGGCAGCUGUCCCUGCUUUCUAUUCUCAGUUGCGCUUUCCCCCUACAUUAAGUAACCUCAGUAGUCACCCCAGACUUUUGAGUGAGCCUCUGAGUUUGUGUUCCUCAGCAUCUGAACAAUUAUUUGAAGCAUCUCCUCAACAAGAAGCACAACAAGAAGUGCUGUGAGAUGUGCGACAACUAGAGCAACAAAUAUAUCUGCAACAACCACUGCAUCAGUCUGAGUUCUGCACGUGAUGCAGACAGCGUCACUACUGAGUUUGCUGUUCCUCGAUAUAGAAGAAAACUGAAAAAAGCAAAAUUAAGCUUGGCAAGACAUUUCACACCACCUCAUGGCAGCUUGGCAGAAUUGAGAAGAAAAUCUGACACAGUGGCCUGGAAUGAGCUGUUUGAGCUUCAGCAUGGGGAUGGAUACUGGGAGUGCACGGACAGGCUGAGCAGCUUCCUUAACCUGGACGUAGACUUUUUUGCAGAUGCCUUCCUUAAGGAGAAAGGCAUCUGUUCUUUUGGUGUGAAGGCUCAUGCUGAAAUUCUGAGGCUGGUGGCAACUCUGCUGGUGCUGCAGCUGAUCCGGGUGAAGAAGCUGGAAGUGGGACGGCUGCUUGAGUCUCUCCUCCGGCUAAAAGAGUCCCAGGAGCCCAGACCAAUGUACUGGGAGGCAGUGUAGAGGGCCGUGGACUGGGCCUGCCGGACAGACAGACAGUAUACAUGUGUGUGCAGCAGGCUGGAGAUCGGCCGGGAUUGGGAAUCAUCCACACG